UGCAGCAGUAUAGCGAUGGUGUAUUCACAGUCGUCAAACGCAGUUGGUGUCAAUCCCUCGCUUUAUUCUCCAUCUUUCACGUAUCAGAUGUCAUUUAACUACUCUGAGAGGGAAAAUUCAACUGUCCUGGCAACCUUACCCACAACUCCCCUCUGCAGCCUCGAGGGCUCGUCCUCUGGCGAGCCCAACAGGACCUCCCCCUCUUACGAGCUGACUUCAGGUGAGGUCGCCAUCCUGGGCUUGGUGUUUGGGGUUCUCUGGCUGGUCUCCAUCUUGGGAAAUGCCCUUGUCUGCCUGGUCAUCCACCGGAGCCGACGGACUCAGUCCACCACCAACUACUUUGUGGUGUCUAUGGCCUGUGCAGACCUGCUGAUGAGCCUGGGUUGCGCCCCCUUCAUCUUCCUGCAGGUUGCCUCAGGACGAUGGCCAUUGAGUGCCGCCGCAUGCAAGGCCGUACGCUACCUGCAGCACCUGUGCCCCGGCGUGCAGGUCUAUGUGCUGCUGUCCAUCUCUGUAGACCGCUUCUAUACAAUCGUUUAUCCCCUCAGCUUCAAGGUGUCCAGAGAGAAAGCGAAGAAGAUGAUCUUGGCCUCAUGGCUGUUUGAUGCAGCCUUCGUGUCACCGUGUCUCUUCUUCUAUGGUUCCACAUCCACAGCCAGCGGUCAUUGUGACUUCUUCCCUCCGGACAGCUGGGGCAGUGUUGCCUACGCUGCCAUUCACCUCCUGUUUGGAUUUUUGGUCCCAGUGGCUCUGAUUAUGUCGUUCUACCAGCGGGUGGUCCGCUACAUCUGGAGGAUCAGCGCUGAUGGCCACACCGUACGCCGGACAAUGAACAUCGUCCCACGGACUAAAGUCAAGACCAUUAAGAUGUUCCUCAUGCUCAAUUCAGUUUUCUUCCUCACCUGGACGCCCUUCUUCAUCGCCCAGCUGUGGCACCCGAGGGAGUCUGAUGGACCCAGUAGGCAGGGACUGCUGUUCUUCACGGCCAUCGCCUGGAUCUCCUUCAGCUCCACGGCGUCCAAGCCAACCCUGUACUCUGUCUACAAUGCUAACUUCAGAAGAGGCAUGAGGGAGACCUUCUGCAUGUCCUCCAUGAAAUGCUACCGCAGUAACGCAUACACCAUUACGGCGAGCUCUCGGAUGGCCAAAAAGAACUACAUUGGGGUGGUGGACAUCCCGGUGCAAGCAAAGACGGUCGCCAAGGACUCGGUUUAUGAUACAUUUGACCGAGAGGCAAAGGAAAAGAAGGUGGCCUGGCCCACUAACGCCAACCCUCCGAAUACCUUUGUCUAAUUGAGUUUUAAAACUGUGAAUGUACAAAAUGAACUAGUUUGAAACUUUAUUCUACAGCAAAAAGUCACAGUUGGCAGGUGAGCAAGCUGGAACAUGUUAGCCCUCAAUUCAACUGAGACACAAGCUCACAGAAACAGAAUGUGUUCAUUUUGUAUAAAGGGCUUUUUCUGAUCUAACACACCUUCUGGCAGCCAUAUUGGAGGUUCUCAACAGCUGUGAACAGCUAGCCGUUUUUAUACUUCCGAUUUGAAUCAUUAUUUAUUUCUGCGCUGUGUUUUGAUGGAUUGUUUUGCCAUUGAUGUAUCAGAUUUUGUGUUUUGAUGUCAGCUUGAUAUCUAGCUAACCAUAGUCUGUGGCCCUUGAUCAGUGACCGUCGUAAAUGCCUCUGAUUUGCUGCAGUAAUGUUUGUGGUAGAAGCUAACGUUAGUAGUGGCCACUAGCUGUAUGUUAACACUGACAUCAUCUGCUUUGCUACAUUAAGAGUAAUUGUGAGUUGGCUCGCUAACAAAGCCCUAAAUCUACAGUUUGUUCAGGUUAAAGUAAAGCUCUCAGUGUUAAAGACAAAUGGGGACUGUAGAGUUGUAAAAAAAAAUGAAAGGUUUUUUUGAAGAGACGAUGUUUGAGCGCUUCGAAGGCUGAGCUGGACAUGAAACUCUCAACAGAACAACUGUCCUGCAACCAAAGCGAACGUUUCAACAUGACCUACUCAAGCAUCUGCAGUGAUGUGGUUAACUGCGGUAUGGUGAGGGUUAGGCAACUCAAACUUCAACUUCGCAACUCAAUAGAAAGCAGAGAUGCGCCGCUAGCUGCUGUUUUACAGUGUAUUUUUACAGGUGUUUUCUUUCAUUUCAUUAAACGCUGAUUUGGAAACGGAUUUCUCCAAAACACAUCAAUCAAAUUAGAUACAACUGAUCAUUAUCUAUCUGCAACCAAACAACCAACUGACGAAUACAUUAUGAUUAAAAGAUAUGAGACAUAUAUAGCUUAAGUUAGCUAAUGUUAGCAGAAUACUAGCUAACUAUCUAGCUAAUCUUCAUCAAUCAUAAACUUGCUAAUUAGCUUCUGUUUUGUCAACAUUAAUUAUCAGAUGUAACUAACUAGCCAAUGAUUGAUGUAAAUUAGCUAGAUAGUGGGCUAGGGUUUUGCUAACAUUAGCUAACUUAAGAUGUGACAAUAUAUAUGUCUCUUUUAUCUUUUAACCAUCUUCUAAAGGUGGUUGUCUUUCAACAUAGAUUAGCCUAGCAUAGCAUAUGUAAGUAGAGGGGCCAGCCUUUUGUUAAAAAAACAAUUUCGCCUUAUAUAUUUAGCAUUUCUACUGUUUCCAAGUAUUUGUGUUGUUUUUGGACAACAUGGAUGAGAAGGCCUUAAAGAGUCAGUGCUCACAACUAGCAUAACUAGCUCUCUAACUAGCUAACUAAUGCUAGCUACGUCUAUGAACAAUAGCAACAGAAAAUGGUCACAAGUCAUUCCUUUGUAAAUUUCUUUAGAGAAGAGUUCUCCUCAAGUAAACAUCCAUUUAUAGAAAUUUUAAAAAAGAUAUUUUUAUCUUGUGCUUUUUGUAGAAGAGUGUGGCAGGAAUUUGUCUCUUUGCAAACGACAGCCGACUGUCACAUUUCUCUACACAACAAGUCUUUUUCUAGUUUUCUCAGAUAUGGUUGCUCAGUAAAUACAUCAGAUCAUUAGUCUAAAUGAUUUCUCAGGUAGUGCAGUCUGCAGUCAGUGGCCUACCCUUAUUUUUAUUCACUUGUAAACUGAUUCUAAUCCCAAAAUGGAACUGGGAUGAAACCAGUAAAGACUCUUUUCUCUUUCAGAGCUCCAGUAACUUUGAGUCUGGAGAACUGUACACCGUUUUCUAUCAUCAGAACAGAAACAAAUGAAUACUCACCUUCCUUUGAAAAUGUAUCUCUGCUGCGUUUAUCUUUCCCAGGUGAUUGUAGGUUAUAAAUACUGUUUGAUUAUUUAUUCAUCACAUCAAAAACUUUGUUUCUGGCCCCAACUGGAGGUAAAGGUCUAAUGACAGAGAGGUUUUCUGGUGUGUAAUAUCUAUCAUUAAUAAACUUACCCAGUGACAGAUUUUAUGGAUAUUUCAUAUUAUUCAAAACUGUACAAAAAACUAAUUUUGAGCAGAUUAUUUCCUAUUUAGUAACUUUUUAUACAAUUCUGUCUGUAUUCUGUGUUUUUAUCAUUUUUAACAAUCAUACAGACUUCACAGGCUUCAGUUUAAUUGACGGUGGGCCAUCAUCCUAUUAGACAAUUGGUUCCCAACCUUGGGGUCUGGACCCCCACUAGGGGUCGCCAAAGCUUCAUAGGAGGCCUUCUGGAAUUAAAGGUUGUAAGAAAACUUUAAAAAUAUCCACAGUGGGUAGGUGGUUGUGUGAAGGAAAGUAAAGUAAUAGAACAAUGAGAAGAAAACAGUGAAAAUGUGUCACUGAGUCAAUUUAUUAAUGAAAGGUUGGGAACCAGAGUAUUACAACAUUUACUUUACUUUUACUUCACAGAAGUCAACCAGGAGCUAAAAUAUAGACAAUAAGCACAUUUUAAAAUCAAGACGGCCUUGCGACCCCCUGUGAAGCUCUGGCGCCCCCCAGUGGGCGCUGGGAACCAGUGAUGUUGUAAACAUGGUGAAGGGUGUUCAGUUUUCCAGACUGCAGUUAAUGUGAGUCCAAAGAUGAUUCUCAGCUGUGUCCGUUUAACUUUUAGCUGCUUGGUGUGAUGAAAACGUGAUGAAACGUCUUUGUGUAAUCAGAAUCAGAAUCAGAAUCAGAAAUACUUUAAUAAUCCCCGUGGGG